AUGGCCUUGCCCGCGGACUUUUGCCUACCGGGCGAAGGCAGCUCGGAUUUUGAUUUCUCAAACUUUGGCGAGGAUUCUGAAAUUUUCCCAAUCACCGAAGCCUCCAUGCAUCCAAGCGAUGGCGAGCGGGUGGGACCAGCAGAUUUCGAGCUCUUGCGCGUCCUUGGCUCGGGGGCCUACGGCAAGGUCAUGCUCACCCGUAAGGUCACAGGCAACGACACCGGUACAUUAUAUGCCAUGAAGGUCUUGAAGAAAGCCGCCAUUGUCCGCCAAGCCAAGAUGACCGAGCACACGCGUGCCGAACGCAACAUUCUUGAAAGCAUCCGUCACGUCCCGUUUGUGGUCCAGCUCCACUAUGCCUUCCAGGAUGAGUCCAAACUUCAUCUUGUACUCGACUAUGUCAACGGCGGCGAGCUCUUCACGCAUCUCCGCCGUCGCGUCAUGUUUCUUGAGCGCGAGGCUCGUUUCUACGUGGCAGAGAUUCUUGUGGCCUUGGAUGCCCUACAUCGCUUGGGCGUCAUCUACCGAGAUCUCAAGCUUGAAAACAUCCUCCUGGAUAAGGAAGGCCAUGUACGCUUGACCGACUUUGGCUUGUCCAAGGAGCACAUCCAAUCACCCGCCGCCCGCACUUACUCCUACGCCGGCACCACCGAGUACCUGGCACCCGAGAUUGCGGGCGAGCACCCCGAGGGGCACGGUCUCAGCGUGGACUGGUGGAGCCUUGGGUGCCUGCUUUACGAGUUGGUGCAGGGUCACACGCCCUUUGUCAACUACCCUGGCGACACGGACAACAGCAAUUCGGCCAUUGCUCGCCGCAUUCUGACGAAACCCGCCGUCUUGCACAAGUCCAUGAGCAAGCCGCUGCGCGGUCUGCUCACCGGCCUAUUGGAGAAGCGAGCCGAAAAGCGACUGGGAGCCCAUCGGGACGCCGCAGAGCUCAUGGAGCAUGCCUUUUUCAAGCCACUCAAGUGGGAAGACUUGCGUGAUAAGAAGGUGCCCCCCCCAAUUGUGCCUGUGAUUGCCAAUGAGCUGGAUACGCAAAAUUUUGAUUCCGAGUUUACAGACCAAGACCCCGUUUUGACGCCAGCACCCCCGACCUCGCCAACUGCCCGCAUGCUCUUUCGCGGGUUUUCUUUCGUCGGGCCAAACGUUCUCUUCAAUUCCGGCUUGUUUGACCCCGAGGCUUCUCAAAACGCGACGGCUUUGCAAUCCUCUUUGCAGAACGUCGUGUCCGUGCAACAAGUGGUCCCACAGGCCAACCACAACUCGCUGCCGCAGUUUAGCGCGGAGAUUCCGGCAUCGGCUCCCUUCGUUCCGCCGAUGGAUGCAUCUGGUAACAACACACAACAAUCCACGGCAUCGCUUCAAACGCAAGCCACGAUGCCCGAGGAUAUGCCGCAAGAUGAAAGUGCCAACAUGGGUUUUGUAGAUGUUGGCAUGGCCCGUGCUGAACCUCGGCAGCCCUUGAAGACCGCGCUCGGUGCCAUCCCACCCUCGGCACUGACCAGUCAAGGUGCCACCGCCUCAUCAUCGCCCAUAAUCGAUUCAGAACGAACGUUCCAUAUGGAAUACACCAUUCCUGCAGGAGAGCGCGAACUAGGUCUUGGAAGCUUCAGCACGUGUCGCAAGUGCAUUCGUAAAUCGGACAAUGCGGCCUUUGCCGUCAAGAUUGUCAGCAAUCGGGGCCAAACGCAGGAGGCCGAGAUGCUGCGCCGCGUGCAGGGCCACCCCAACAUUAUCCAGCUCAUUGAUGUCUUUCAAGAUCCCGUCCACACGUACAUUGUUAUGGAACUCUGCACGGGCGGCGAGCUCUUCUACCGCAUUGCACAGCAUGGCAACUUGAGCGAACGUGAAGCCCGUAACAUCUUCAAACAGCUCGUGUCUGCCGUGCAAUACAGCCACAACAAUAACGUGGUUCAUCGUGAUCUAAAACCGGAGAACAUUGUGUUUCAGGAAGCUUCCGUGGACUCGCCCGUGAAGAUCAUCGACUGGGGCUUUGCCAAGCUGACUGAUACCCAGCAGACGCUGCAGACACCGCUCUUUACAUUCAAGUUUGGCGCACCUGAGGUUACGGCUCGUCUCAAGUCCUCAGCUCCGGCUUACACAUCGGCCUGUGACAUGUGGAGUCUUGGCGUAAUUCUGUACACCAUGUUGACCGGCGCGACGCCCUUCGAGGUCCCAGCAAAUUUUCAGGACGCCGAUGCCUGGGACAAGGUCUUGCGCAAGGAGUUACAGUUUACACAGCCCAUUUGGCAGCACAUCUCCGCUGAGGCCAAGCAGUUGUUGCAGCGGUUGUUGUCCCAUAAUGCGCACCUGCGGCCAACGGCAACAUUGGCGGCUCGUGACCCAUGGUUGACAGAGGCGGCGCUAAGCAACCAGCCUCUGCCUUCACCUGCCAUCCUGGCGAAGGAAGAGACGGCGGGGCGGGGCAAGCGAGGCAUUCUUGCAGCCAACGUUGCAGCCCUCUCGGAUGCUUCCCGGCUGGCUCCAGUGGAGGACGCCAAGCUCGCCAAGCGUCGCAAGCAGCGAGACAAGUCUACUUCGAGCGUUUCUAGCGCUUAG